UCGUACGUUGAGUUUCGAUUUCGCGAAAAUACAAAAUGAAAUUCUCGAAAAUUUUCGUUUUCGUGUUCGCUAUUGUUUUCGCCACGGCUUCGGUCUCGGCAGCUCCCGGCAACUUCUUCAAGGAUCUUGAAAAAAUGGGUCAGAGGGUUCGAGACGCCGUCAUCAGCGCGGCUCCAGCAGUCGACACCCUGGCAAAAGCAAAAGCUCUCGGACAAGGAUAGAGCUUAAAUUAUUCCACAAAAUGUAACAACAUUAAUUAUAUUGAAUAAAG